CUCUCUUUCAUCUUUUUCUCUUUUAUUAUUAGCGAAUGGAAGUAGUACAAGUUCAACCAAGAGACGCCUAUUUACAUAAUAUUUACGUUCCUGCAACAGGCACUGUUAUUCGGUGGUCUUUUACCACUAAGAAAAACAACAUAUCUUUUGGCCUGUUUCGAAGAAAGGGUAAAGGACCUUUACCUAACUCAUCUGAGAUUGUCUUUCACGCACAACAGCAAAAGAAGCAAGCGUCAGUACCUUCAGGCUUAGGCGUUCGACAUAGUAUACAAGAGGAUGAUGAUAGUGUUCAAUCCAUUCAUCAAGCAUUGUCUCCAAAUAGACCCCGUUCCAAGUCAGUUGCAGCCUCCAAACUCAAGGACGGUGGCAUGGACGAAAUCAUUCCUAUCCAACACGCACAAUCUUCUGAUCAAAAAGUCGAAGGCACUUAUGUAGUUGAUGAACCUGGCAAUUAUGUCUUAGUCUUUGACAACUCCUUUUCGAGAAAUACGCCUAAAAUGCUGACUUUUUCUGUUGCCCUGGGAAAUCCUGAGGAUGUCAAGGUACCCGGCGAUGAAGUUUCGGGAUGGUUACUUAAAAAGAAGCGUAAACGAAUGCAAGGUUGGGCUAAACGUUAUUUCACGCUAUCACAUACAGGUGUGCUUUCUUAUUCAACUUCACAGAAUAGUGUCACUCGUGGUUCUAUUCAAAUUCUUGUGUCGACCAUCUCAUAUAAACCCAACCUGCAUCAAAUUAACAUUGAUUCGGGCACCAUGCUCUAUCAGCUUAAAACAUUGACCGAAUCGGACUACGAACUAUGGCAGAAUGCAUUGACAGAAGUACGUCGAAAGAAUGGCGGUAUAGACGAUAUACCUCUCAAUGAAGAAUACAAUAGGAGCAGUGUCAGUUUAGUAUCAAAGCGUGUUUCAAACCGUGGUGGAGGCUUGGAUAAUCGCCGCAUUCGUGCAGAUAUUGAACAAGGACUCGAAACUGCCAUAAAGCAAAAGCAAAAUACACUAUCUUUAGAUAACGCAAUAGAGGAGUUGAAACAAGCUUUGGUGAACAAUAAUGCGUUGGCGCUGGUGGAACAGUUCGUGGAACGUUUAGAUACUCAUAAAAAUCAACUCGUUAAUGAUACACAAGAACAAGUCUUGCAUUGGAAGAAUUUACAGAACCAUUUUGCAGUAAAUUAUCGUCGUUCUGGCUCCAUGUCGCCUAUCGUUCAGCCAGCUGAUGACUCUAUUCCUGAAGACCACGAAGCAAUCAAUCGCACAUCAAGCAUUUAUUCCCGCAUGUCUAGUUACUCAGACCAAUUCUUUGAUGCAGAAGAUAUUGUACUUAGCGGUGGUGAAGAAGACGAAGAAGAGUAUGAUGUUGUAGACCAAGGAUCUACUAUUGAUGGAGGAGAUAGCAGUGAUGAAGACAGUGCAUCUUCUGGAGCAAGCAAUACUUCGAAUUUUUUAGAUUUGAACUCUAUGGGCACAAUCACACGUCGUACAAAACUACCUUCUCCUGCCGUUGCUGAUGCAGGGUCUGCUCUUGCUGUCUUUAGAAAGAACGUUGGUAAAGAUUUGAGUACUAUUGCUAUGCCCAUCAGUAUGAAUGAGCCCUUGAAUAUGCUUCAAAAGGCAUGUGAAGAACUAGAAUACUGUGAAUUGCUUGAAAAGGCCUCUACUUUGCAAGACUCUGUUGAACGUCUUAUGUAUGUGGCUGUAUUUUCCAUCUCUACCUAUGCUUCUACUCAAUACCGCACAGGCCGAAAGCCCUUUAAUCCACUCAUGACUGAAACUUAUGAAGCCAUUCGCCCUGAUAAGGGAUUUCGCUACAUAUCUGAAAAAGUAUCUCAUAACCCGCUUAUCAUUGCUGCUCAUGCUGAAGCAAAAGGCUUUAAAUAUUGGCAAUCAACCAAUAUCAAAAGUAAGUUUUGGGGCAAGUCCAUGGAGUUUAUGACAGAAGGUAAUUUUUAUGUCACUUUAACUGGCCAUGAUGAUCGUUACUGUUUCUCCAAGCCUUCAAGUUGGAUCAAGAAUAUGAUUGCCGGUGAAAAAUAUCUAGAACACUCUGGCGAAUGCAAAGUGGUAAAUCAAACCACAGGUGAAUAUGCUGUUAUUGUAUUCAAAGAAGGCACAGGCGGUGGUUUGUUUGGUGCACCUACAAAGCGCAAUGAGGUUGUUACUACUAUUUAUGAUGCCAAUGGCAAAAAAGUGCGUCGUGUAUCUGGUAAAUGGAGUGAAGCCUUAGCAGAAGAAGUUGGACUUGAUAAGAGCAAACUUCAAGUGCUAUGGAGUGCGCGUCCACCAGGAAUCAAAGACCAUGAAAAAUACUUUGGCUUUACCAAAUUUGCCACAGAAUUAAAUGAAAUUACUGAACUAGAAGAAGGCAAACUACCUAUUACUGAUACACGUCUUAGACCAGAUCAAAGGCUCUACGAGCAAGGUCAAGUAGAUGAAGCAGAUCAAGAAAAACUAAGAAUAGAGCAACAACAAAGAGAAAGAAGAAAAGAAUUUGAAUUAGUGGGCAAAGAAUGGAAACCUCGGUGGUUUACAAAAGAAGGCGAUGAAUGGCAAUAUUCUGGACAGUAUUGGCCCACUCGUGAAUCUGGUCAAUGGCCUAAAGAUCAAUUUCCAUUGUGGUAGUUUUAAACAACAUUUUA